GUUUUCCAUUGUACUGAUACCUAACUGAAGGCUGAAAGAAACAUAAUGUUGUUUUCCUAAUUCUAAUGUAAACAAUGUGAAAUUGGAAACAAAGUGAAAAGUGUAGUUUUUUCAAAAUCCUUAUUUAAUACACUUAAAUUUAUAUCCCUUUUUUUAAUACACUUAAAUUUAUAAUAAUAAUUAAAUGUCUCUAUUGACAUGCGCAUUAAAAUUUUAUCAAAUUCGUUUUAAUAAAUACAGUGAAAAUGAGUACUUCUUUUUCACCAGUGAUUGAGGAGACAAUUUCAGUAACAACAUCGGAUACAGCUCAAUUAGUUAGCAAUGAAGAAGCUACUUCAUCGAAUUACACACAACUCAAUAAAUCUUCAGAUCUCCAAGAAUCAGUGGAAGAUGAUUUGCAUGGAAGUCAUGGUGUAAGAAGAAGGCAACCAGUGCAGAAAAUCGAACCAGGCUCUUUAAAUAUUCUAUCGGCUAAGUAUGAGAGCUUAGAUUAUGACACAUGCGAGAAUCAUUUACUCUUAGAUGAAGAAAGAAAAAGAGGCUAUCCUUUUGUUGUAUGGAAGGAUAUAGCUCGAUGGGUUAUUGUAUUGCUCAUUGGUGUAAUAACUGCCCUUAUUGCCUUUAUUAUUGAUAUAUGUAUAGAAGAAUUCUCUAAAAUUAAAUAUGAGCAACUCAAAAAAUCUGUGGACAAAUAUGUGUUAUUGGACAAACUGUACAUACCAUACCUGCUGUGGGUUUUAACAAAUAUUUGUAUAGUGUUCAUUGGAUCAAUGUUAGUGGCCUAUAUUGAGCCCGUUGCUGCUGGCAGUGGCAUUCCACAAGUAAAGUGUUAUUUGAAUGGAGUGAAAGUGCCAAGGGUUGUAAGGAUCAAAACACUAUUCGUAAAGGCUGUUGGUGUCAUCACCGCUGUUGUUGGUGGACUGGCUGGUGGUAAAGAAGGUCCUAUGAUACAUAGUGGGGCUGUAGUGGCAGCAGGCAUAUCCCAGGGGAAAAGCACAACCUUCAACAAAGACUUUAAGAUAUUCCAAUAUUUUCGCGAGGAUCAUGAAAAACGUGAUUUUGUUUCGGGUGGAGCAGCUGCUGGCGUGUCUGCGGCUUUUGGAGCACCUAUUGGUGGCGUUUUAUUUUCUUUAGAAGAAGGCACAAGUUUUUGGAAUCAAGCUCUAACUUGGCGCACAUUUUUUGGAACUGUAGUGUCCACUUUUACGCUCAACAUUGCUUUGUCAGCUUAUCACGGUCACCCAGGCGAAUUGAGUUAUCCAGGUUUACUGAAUCUCGGAAAGAUGGAACCGUUUCCAUUCCAGUUCUACGAAUUACCAGUUUUCAUGUUCUUUGGAAUAGUCGGAGGAUGCUUAGGAGCUUUAUGGAACCAUAUCAAUUACAAAUUAUCCGUUUUUCGCAUAAGGUACGUGAGCGCGGCGUGGCUGCGCGUGGUCGAGGCGUGCCUGGUGGCGGCCGUCAGCGCUACGUGUGGGUUCCUCAUGAUGUUCCUGUUGGACGACUGCCGCCCGCUCGGCGAGGAUCCCACUAAGGUUCCGCUCCAGCUCUUCUGCGCAGACGGCGAGUACAACACGCUAGCGGCGAUCUGGUUUCAAACGCCCGAGGCGUCGGUGCGGUCGUUCCUGCACGACCCGAUGGGCUCCUACAAGCCACUGUCGUUAAUGUUUUUUGUCCUGUGCUACUUUCUUCUGUCGACGUGGACUUUCGGUCUGGCGGUCUCCAGCGGUCUCUUCAUACCCAACCUUCUCACCGGCGCCGCCUGGGGACGACUACUUGCUAUAUUCAUACAAUAUAUGCUGCCUCAGAAUAGCAUCAACCCCGCGAAGUACGCGCUCGUGGGCGCGGCGGCGCAGCUGGGUGGCGUUGUGCGCAUGACCAUCUCGCUCACCGUCAUCAUCAUCGAGACCACGGGGCAGAUCUCCAAUGCGCUGCCCAUCAUCAUCACCCUCGUCGUCGCCAAGUGGACCGGAGACUUCUUCAACGAGGGUAUCUACGACAUCCACAUCCAGCUGGCGGGCGUGCCGCUGCUGCCGUGGGAGCCGCCGCCUCUCGCGCACAACAUCUACGCGUCCGAAGUGAUGUCGCACCCCGUGUUCACUCUGCGCACCGUCGAGAACGUCGGACACAUCGUCGAGAUCUUGCGGGUCGUGUCCUACAACGGGUUCCCCGUGGUCGACCCGCCGCUGGCUGACGAUGCGGAAGUGACGACAUACAAACGAUUGCGUGGACUUAUUCUGAGAUCCCAGCUGAUAGUUUUGCUGCAAAAUAAGAUUUACAACGAGAAUGCAAACACGACGUGGUCCAACUUUAAUGUGGACAUGAAUAUGUUUAGGCGGGAAUACCCCAGAUAUCCGUCCAUAGAUGAGCUCGAGAUAUCUGACUGGGAGAAGACGUACACAAUAGAUCUACGGCCUUUCAUGAACCCGUCGCCGUACACGCUCCCGCACCGAGCCUCGCUGCCGCGCCUCUUCAGAUUGUUCCGCGCGCUCGGCCUUCGACAUUUACCCAUUGUGAAUGACCAUAAUGAAGUUGUAGGAAUGGUAACACGUAAAGAUAUAGCCCGAUACAGAGUGUGGAGGCAUUGCGGACACAUGGGCAUGGAGGAAUUGUUACUUUCUAGUGAAAUUUAACAUACACCUAUAAUUAGAUUACAAGACACGGAUUCUGUCAUGGGUGAGUCUGGAUACACCCGUCAUAUGGAAAUGGGGGAUAUUGCCGUGUAAUGUAAUUUAAUUCUUAUACAAUAUGACAUUGCAAGUUCCAAUGAUGUAUAAUAUGAGUCGAAUAUUAUUGACUUAACCAUCCUGUUAUUUAAUGUACAUAUUUUAUUUAUAGUUGUUUAGCCUCGUCAGUCCAUUAUGUACAAAUAAAUGUUUGUGGUAAUUAAAAUCAGGCUAUGAUGAAAGGCUGGUAUUAAAAUAUAGAAGCUAAAAACUCAAUUUUAUAGAUUAAGAAUCAAUUAAUGUACUUAUGUGAUCAAUUUAAAUCAAAAUGACAUUUACCAAAGCUAUGUAUGUGUAAAUUAUGAAGUUAAUGUUUAUAAAUGUUUUAUUAAAUUGUCUUUUAAAUGUUUUAUAUAUGUAAUUUGUUUAUGGUAAAGUUUAUUUAGGCGUUAUUUAAUAAUAAACGUUUUAACGACAUUGAAUUUUUAUUAUUAUUUACAAUUAACAGAAAUGUUUAAUAAA